UAGCGUCUUGCUGAAGCAGCAGAAAAAUUCCAGAACGAACAUCAGUGGCAGGAUGAAUUUGCGACGAAUGAUAUUGUCUACUACAAUGCAAAAGAAGACCUGAAUGAUUCUGGAAAAAGCGAGAACGAAACCGGCAGCCAGCGAAUCAAACCUGUGUUCGAAGAGGAUCCUUUGUUUCGUCGGCAAACCUCGUACCAGCAUGCCGCUGUCCAUAUACCGACCGAUAUCUACGACGGAUCGGGCCUCAAGAAUCUAGGAGAGCAGUCAGAAGUCUGUGUAAGGGAAGGUUUGUUCAAUGAUAAAGCUCAAAACGUCAGUUGUUUCAAUCACCUCGUGCAAGCGAACGUGAGGAACAAGAAGAAGUUGAAGGAAGCCGUCUACAAAAUCCAGGCGAAAGGAAUCACUGACUACAAAAAGGGGUUCAGCUACGCCUUUGAGCAGCUCAAUGAUAGCCAAAGCGUCUUCAGAGCUAACUGCAACAAAAUUAUAAUGUUGUUUACUGAUGGAGGGGAAGAAAAGGCUCAGGAGAUAUUCGAGAAAUAUAAUAAUGAGAAGAAGGUCCGUGUGUUUACAUUUUCGGUUGGUCAACAUAACUACGAUAAAGGACCCAUACAGUGGAUGGCCUGUCAAAAUAAAGGUUAUUAUUAUGAAAUCCCUUCCAUUGGUGCCAUAAGAAUAAACACACAGGAAUAUUUGGAUGUUUUGGGGAGACCCAUGGUGAUGGCGGAGCAGAAAGCCAAACAGGUCCAGUGGACCAACGUUUAUUUGGAUGCUCUGGAACUUGGGUUGGUUAUUACGGGAACCUUGCCGGUCUUCAACCUCACCAAAAAUCAAAAGAACGUUCAGAACCAGCUGAUCCUUGGCGUAAUGGGAGUUGACGUGUCCCUGGAAGAAAUUAAAAAGGUCACCCCUCGUUUUACUCUGUGCCCCAACGGUUAUUAUUUUGCCAUUGAUCCCAAUGGUUAUGUGCUGCUUCAUCCAAAUCUUCAACCAAAGAACCCGAAAUCUCAGGAACCUGUGACUCUGGAUUUUCUGGAUGCCGAGUUGGAGAAUGACAUUAAAGUUGAGAUUCGGAAAAAGAUGAUUGACGGGGAAAGUGGCGACAGGACCUUCCAAACACUGGUCAAAUCUCAAGAUGAGCGCUAUAUUGAUAAAGGCAACAGAACGUAUACAUGGACUGCAGUGAAUGGCACGGACUACAGUUUGGCUUUGGUGUUACCAUCCUACAGCUUUUACUAUAUUAAAGCCAAGAUUAAUGAAACCUUAACUCAGGCAAAGUUUAUUGCAACGCUCAAGCGAGAAUCCUUUGACGAAUUCGGAUAUACAUUUUUAGCACCAAGGUCAGACUACUGUAGCACAGUGAAAAUAACAGAUAACAAUACUGUAUUUCUUCAGAAUUUCAUUGAAUUUAUGGCAUAUUCACCUGAAAACCCUUCAUGUAAUGGCUUGGUGAUGAGAGCUUUGUUGGAUGCAGGCUUCACAGUGAUCCUGGUCCAGAAUUACUGGAGUAAGCACGACCUGGAGGAGGGGAUCACAGCACGCUUCGUAGCUACGGAUGGUGGGAUCACCCGCGUAUAUCCCAAAAGUGCAGGCGAAUAUUGGACGGAAAACGCUGAUACAUAUGAGCAGAGUUUCUACAAGAGGAGUUUAGAUCAUGAAAAUUACAUCGUCACAGCUCCGUUCUUCAACCGAAGCAUCUAUGAAGAUGGGAUCAUGGUAAGCAAGGCUGUGAAGAUCACCGUGAACGGAAAACUCCUCAAACCAGCAGUUGUUGGAGUAAAAAUCAAUCUGAACAGCUGGAUGACAAAUUUCACUACAAUCACCACGAAAGGAUCAGUUCAGUGUAAAAGUGGGAGUGAGCUUUGCGGAUGUGAAAAGAACAGUCCGCACAUUGACUGCGUCAUUCUUGAUGAUGGGGGUUUUCUUUUGAUGACGAACCAAGACAACUAUGUUCCAGAGAUCGGAAAAUUCUUUGGGGAGAUUGACCCCGGCCUGAUGCGAAAUCUCAUUAAUAUGUCCUUGUAUGCCUUCAACAAGUCUUACGACUACCAGUCGGUGUGCGAUCCAGAAGAUGAACCAAAACAAGGAGCAGGACUACGCUCCAUCAACGUGCCCACCAUAGCAGAUAUUUUACAUCUUGGAUGGUGGGCAUCUGCAGCCGCCUGGUCUAUUUUGCAUCAGCUGGUCUGGGGGCUGACCUUCCCGCGUUUCCUCGGGGCAGUGGAAGUGGAAGAAGAGGAUUUCAGCGGCUUCCCAUCCAAGCAGAGCUGCAUCACGGUGCAAACGCAAUAUUUCUUCGGGUCCGACGAUAAAUCCUUCAACGGCAUCCUGGACUGUAUCAACUGUUCUAGGCUUUUCCACGCAGAGAAGAUUUCCAACACCAAUUUGGUUUUCAUCAUGAGCGACAGUAAAGAAUUGUGUCAUCACUGUGACACAAGGCCGCUGAUGCAAGCCGAGAAGCCUGAUGAAGGACCGAAUCCUUGUGAAAUGGUUCAGCAUCCCAGAUACAGGAAAGGACCGGAUGCUUGCUUUGACAACUCUAAAAAUGAUUCCACUGAGUGUGGAGGCGUCUCUGCAUUAAGUCCAUCAAUCUUGUCUAUGGUAGGAAUCCAGUUGAUCCUGCUCUGGAUGUUAUCUGGCACCAGGCCCUGCGAAUUAUGACCCUGAGAAACCCCAAACCUAACCUAAACCAACCGAGAUCCUGCCAAAACGUUAGCCCGCCAUUUUCAUUCAAGGAAAAAGGCGCGCGGGGUGUGUGUGUGUCUCCCGUCUGCUCCGGCCUGCAGAUUCAAUGGCGACGCCAGUGACUCUAAAAUCUUCUCGGGGGGCGGGCAAAGGCGCUCGAAGGCACCCACCGUGGCUGCAUGUUGGUGUGUCCGAUCCGUUAACACUUAUGUGCGUGUGUGUGUGUGUGUGAAUGCUUCAUCAUCUGGCCCGUUCAGAAGCAGAAUUCUGUAUGUGCUUUAACUGUGGAUUUGCAGGGUUGGGGGCUGAGAUCUUAUUCUGUGUGUCUGCUUUUUGAAGACUCUGUGUUUAAAAAAAAGGGCUGCCCUUUUUGAGAGAUCACCCCAUUUCUGUUUUGUUUGUUCGGACUCGGUUUUGAGUGGGUUGCACUCCUUAAAUGUGGCACGCCCGAUUUGCAAAGGAAAGGGAGGGGAAAACCCCAUCCAUUUGCCAUUUCCUUCGCCUUCUGGUUUAGAAUCCCGAUGAUUUAUAUGCCUGCUUUCCAUUUUCUUCGAAUACAAACUCAAACUUCAUUUCACACCGGUUCGCCGGUGUCAAAUCAACCAUAAACCAACGCCGUGAUUUAAAAACACAGAGACUUCGUCACGACUUCUCCUCCUCCUCUUCCUCCUUCCAUAAACCAUUGCUCCCACUGCCAACUUCAAGCCCAUCAAUGCAACGGCGUUCGCACGGCUGAAAAUGUUCCCCAACCUCAGGAAUUUAAAAUAUUCUAAGGGGGAGGGGAGGAAUCGAAAUGAUGGUUCGGAAGGUGGAAACCGGUUUGAAAAUUUAAAAAAAGGACUUUUUAAAAAAAAAUGGAGAAGAAGAAAGCGAAAGCGUUUUAUUUAGGAAGCCGUGGUGGGCUCGAUGUCAAAGAUCUGGAGAACCUCAAGCGUGGAAUCGGACGCCGCGAGACUUUUUCACCAUGAUGUAAAAUGCCUUAUAAACGGAUCACUUUUGUUUUCUGAAAACGAAUCCGCUUCCAUAACUUCACGAACUGGAUGCAAAGUUCUGAAAAAGGCGAGCUCGAAGCAACCGAUGUCAAAAAUGGAAUGAGUUUUUUUUUACAAACUUCUCUCUUCACCCCCGUAUCUGACCUUUGUUGCGCAAGCUGUUGAUAAUGUCUGUAAUGGAACAUCCUCGUUCUCAAAGCACUUGUCUUACCCGUUUCUACGUCCUCCAAAGUUUUCAAGACGCAACGUUUGUGAAUACAAAUGUGUUUGUGAAUAUAUUGAACGUUGGUUUUCAAGGGUAAUUUUUGCAUGAUGACGAAGCUGCUAUUUUGUUCAAGGUUUGGUUUUAUUCCCCCCCCCCACUUAGAUUUUCUCCCCUCCUUUUAUUUUUCACGGUAGAGUGUAGUUUAUUGAACAGGUCUUUGGGUGAUUUUUCUUUUCCUGCUGUGUGAGAAACCAAAUAUUGCGGUGUGAUGCAAUUGAAUCUUAAGUAAUAUAUUGUUAAACAGAUAUCUGAAUCGACUGUGCAAUGUAGAAGCUGGAAAAAACAGAAGAGGGUACAUUUAAUUAUCUUCUCAAAUGGGGGGGAAAAUGGGUUUUCUAGAUGAAAAACAUUCACCUGAAUUACUAUUUACAGGUCCAGUCAAUCAAAUUGACAGCCAUUUAUUGCAGGGUUAAAAAAAUAAUAAUAAUAACUGCUUGCUCCCAGCAAAAUUAUUUCCAAUUAUUAUGCAGCAUCUUAACUUCUGCUUUAUGUCACAAAUAGCAAAAUGGAAAAAAAAAAAAAAAAAGGAAUGAAAAAAAAUUGGAAAACCCAAAGCAAACCCUGUUUCCCCAUAAAUAAGACCUCCCUGGAUAAUAAGCCCAAUUGCACUUUUGAGCCAAUGCACUAAUAUUAACCCUCCCCUGAAAAUACGCUCUCCCCGAAAAUAUUUAAACGCAUUUCGCAGCUAGUCCCCGCCAUUUCUUUGGAGGGAGGGGUUACAUGCCCAAUGUGCCCCCCAUGCACCUGACCUUGCGGAGGCCGCUCCCCCAAACCCUAGCUACCGUGCCCUUCCUCUUAGUGACGGUCGCAAAAAGAAUGGCAAGAGUGUGCCAGAAACAGAACUUCCAGCCCUCUCUAGAUCAGCUGAUUCCCAGGCCAAG